AUGCCCCGACUCCCACCCUCCCUCUUCUGGAGAGCGUCCAAAGAGAUAUCGCCCCUCGCGGCCCGGCUCCUCCCAGUCUGUCGGGAUCUCCAGUCGGCCGCCAACGAGCUGCGCUGGAUCCGCGAGCAUGUGAAGAGCACCCAGUCGCCUGUCCCGGACGGCUUGCGUUUUUGGAGUCUUGUCGAGAAGCGGGCGACGGGUGUGCCACUGCAGUAUGUGCUUGGGAACCAGCCAUUUGGGGAUCUGGAUAUUCUGUGCCGGCGGGGUGUGUUGAUUCCUCGCCCCGAAACAGAAGCCUACACCCUCCACAUCGCCAACAUCCUGACAAAAUCCUCAUCAACCCCCCUCAACAUCCUCGACCUUUGCACAGGCACCGGCUGUAUUCCCCUCUUACUACUACACUCACUCCUCGCCUCCCCGUCCGUCGCAGGGCCCAUUUCUCUCCACGGCGUCGACAUCUCGCCGCACGCCGUCCGCCUCGCACGGGAGAAUCUCGCCCACAAUAUCCGUCUGGGCCUCCUCCCUGCGUCGAUCCAGGGCCCGAAUUCUUCCUCCCUAGGGAGUGGAAAUCCAAGUCAAAAUCCAAAUCCCUACUACACGUUGAAAUUCACCGAGCAAGACAUCUUCUCCCCUUCUUUCCUAUCCUCCCACUUCCCCUCAUCACAACAACCGAGUACACAACCCAGUACACAAUCUAAUCCCCAACCUACCAGCAAAGACAUGCCGAAAAACGACCUCGACCUCCUAAUCAGCAACCCCCCCUACAUCUCCUCCUCAGCCUUCACCUCCCGCACCACCGCCCGCGCCGUCCGCCAACACGAACCCCGUCUAGCCUUGGUCCCCGAUCCCAUCUCUUCGCUUCUCACCGCUUACUCCCGAGAGUCUUCUCACUCCGGAGGGUCAUCUCAGAAGGUGUAUGAAUCAUGCCACCCCGCGGACGUCUUCUACGCCCGGCUGGCCGAGAUUGUGGGGAUGGUACGGCCAAAGAGGGUGGUGAUGGAGGUUGGAGGGUGGGGGCAGGCGAUGAGGGUUGUUAGGGGGUUUGUGGUGGACGGGUGGGGGAGUCAUAAUUCCUUCUCAACUCAUAAUAUGAGCAGUGGGGAUGGUAGUGGUUACGAGAGUAGUGAGAGUAAAAGUGGAAGUGGGAGUGGGAGCGGGAGUGAUGGCCUGCUGGGAUCGGGCCGAGGCCAGGGGGAGUAUGAGAUCGAGGUGUGGCGGGACGAGCCGGCUGGGGAGAAUGAUGCGAAGCAUUGGGCGGUUGUGGACCAGAGGGAGGUGGCGGUGCGUGGGAGGGGGUUGGCAAGGGUGGUGUAUCUUGUGAGGAGGGAUUGUUGGGAAGAAGAUGAAGGGAGGAAAGGUUAG